AUGCUUCUUGUUCUUUCACUGUGGUUGCUGUGUAACGGCCGAUGCAUUGGUGUCCCUGGCCUAGCACCGAAAGGGAAAUGGUGGUUGUUUUUGUGCGGAAUUCCCCGCUCCUUAUGCGCUCCAGAGCUAUGUUCCAGUCUGCGACGACGUGCCGAAAUACGGAUUGUGGAGAAUUGCAGGCACUCCCUCUUGAUUAGGUUGUCAAGAGACUCAGGCAAAAGGAUCGAUGAGAUUGAGUUGCUUCUUCGCCCCUGGGGUCGAUUCGCCGAAAUAGACGUCACCCAGAUGCUCUUUAAACCUUAUCUAACGGCACGUAGCCUCUGGGCUCUUAUAAUUCUCGCGAGUCUCUGUUUCAUCAUCUCUCUCACCGUGCAACUCACCAUCUUCUCCUCUUCAUCACCAUUCUCAAGCACCUAUAACUUCCUGCCAUUCUCUGCAAAGAAGACCCCCGCUUGUCUGGUCGACAAGCUCCUCGGUGACCCAUGGGCAUACGAAAAUCAUCCGAAAGAACAUGUCUUCGGAACAGGAUGGAAAGACGAUCCCUACGAAGGAAUGUGGUCAAAUGUACCCUCAAAGGAAGACUAUGAGACAUUGAUGAGCGAAGAAGAUAAAACAAUGAUGCGGGAGGAGCUCUAUAAGUACUCGGACGACUUACAGAGAGAUAAAAGAGCGAGGGUGGAGAAUUUCUACACCUUGAAGACGAGUGAUGAUUGGAGUCGUUAUAUUGAGGGACACAGUGAUGAGGGUCUAGCACCACUCACGAAAUUCACACAAAGAUACAUUCAUCGUCACCAGCACCCGGAGAAUUGCACGGGCAAGGCCUUCCUCGUUUUCCGCAAAUUUCCCAACGAUGAAUCCUUUGGCCUCGGCGCCCUGGCCCAAUCCAUUGCUCACAACCUCGCCCUCGCAAUCCGUACUAAUCGAAUCCUCGUCUAUGACGCUCAUGAUCCGCCUGGUGCACACUUCCUCUCCCCCCUUCCAGGGGCGGGACGCACGCUGGACAACAUCUUUCACCCCCUCAGCAGCUGCACCCCUUCCGAUGUUGCCGCAUCAACUGACAAAGUCUAUUUCCCGUGGGAGCCCGAAGCCACCGCAAUUUAUUACCGCACACACCCGGCCAGCCUCCCGCCCGUCCUGGCGCAGGUAUUCAAAACUCAAUUUGCAGAUAUGAACUAUGAUGCGGUACGGUACUGGUGGCGAGGACAGGUCGCUGCGUUUGCGAUGCGGCCGAAUAGAAUUGCGAUGGAAAGACUCAAGGAAUUGAGGGUUGAUGAUGGGUUGAACAAAGGGGUAACUUUGCAGAAGGGGAAACACCCCAUGACCGGAAUAAAAUUGGGGAUGCCGUGGCCAUUACCGGUUGGGUCCUGGAGUAUGCACGUUAGGCACGGGGAUAAAGGUAUCGAAAUGAGUCUCGUUGAGCUUAAGAAAUAUAUCAUGGCCGCGGAGGAACAUAUUAUCAGAAACCCGCAAAGCUCACGCAGAAUCGCUUUCAUAUCAACUGAAGAUCCAAGCGUGCUCUAUGAUGCACGAAAUAUCUCAAGCCUACUUCCAAUGUCAACAAGUAAGGGUUGGGAAUGGUAUUGGUCGGAUAUACCUAGAUUCAACGGCGGGCCUGUAACGCAGUUGGAGAAGUUUGGAAAUAGGACCGAAAUGACAAUAAAAUGGUUUCUGCAGUUAACAAUGGCUCUAGAGUGUGACAAUUUUGUGGGCACGAGAGGUUCUGGAUGGAAUAGACUGAUAGAUGAACUUCGAUGUAUUUGGUAUCCUAACUGCAAAUCUGGCUAUGUUGAAGUUGGAAGCGACUCAAGUUGGGCACAUUACGGCAUCUGA